AUGAAUAAUACGCAGUUUUUGGAUGACGACGGACUUCUCAAAAUAAUCAAUGCAAAAAUUUCAAAACUAAGUUUCUUAUUUGUCAUCUUCAGUCAUUUUCUAGUAUUUCCAUUUUAUAUUUAUGUCCACAAAGUUAAUCGUCGUCAGAAAACAGUUAAAUUUAUUGCAAAAGUUAAAAUUUAUCAUAAAGUUUAAAAAUUUCAUGUAGUUCCGAAAGGUCCAAGAAAUGUAGGUCUUGCCUUUGUUUGAGGCGAACUACGUAAUAAUUCAUGCCUGCCAGGCUGCCUGAACCUAUCGGUGUACGAACACUCUUGUUCACUGCUGAAGUUCAAUUGAAUACUCUUAAAUUUCUUAAUUGGACCUAAUAGUAUUAGAAAAACUUUUACUUUUGUUUAAACUUUUAUUUAAAGAGUUACUGUAGUCUUCGCUAUUCUGUCAAAUAUGUUGUGCAAUUCUCAGAAUUUAUGGUCCCCGUAAUAUUGAAACUGAUGAAAUGGUGUCAUUACUCAAUGGAAGAAACAGAUAAAACUUGCUCGAAAAUUAAUAUGGAUAUUUUGCACUCUCUAAUUCAUCUAAUUAUUGUCUGACACUAAGUAUUGUAUGUCAGAAAAAACUGUUUUCCCAAAGAUUGUUCAUCAUCUCUAUGACAUGACUAUAAGAUCCUAUUUUUAUUCAUUUUUUUAAUUAUAUGCAUUAUAAUAAUUAUGCUUGGAGUAAGGUUGAUUCGUUACUAUAAACCAAGUUCAUUCGGUUUCCUUUACAUUUUUGCAUUUUUCUGGUUUGUUCUAAUUGGAUUUAUACUUAUAGUUUUUGUAGAAAUAUUUCAUACGUUCAUAUUUCUUGUAUCCUUAAAAAAUUUGCUCCUAUACUUCUUCCCAUCAUGCACUCAAUACAAUCAUUAUUAUAUACGAGAUAUUAUUCGUCUUAUUGAAUUUUGUAUUUUUGAUAAUAUCACCUAUUUUGUAUUUACCAAUUUUAUUAAGUUUCCGGACUAAUGGUCAAUCACAAAAUGAGCAACAAUUAUAUUUACAAAAAUAUAUUUUAUUGCAGGCUGUUGUUACAUUGCUUGCAAAAACGAUUAUAAUACCUUUUGUUAUAUGUUAUGUUUUAUAUAGUAGAUCAGGUAUUUUCCGAGUAACUGAUUUUAUAAUAUGGACAGCAUUGAUUGAUGUUUUGACUACACCACUCAUAAUUCAAAUAUUAUUUAUUGGAUGUAGUCGAUCAAAUUGGAAUAUAUUUCUAACAGCUUUUAACUUCAAAAGAUUUACUCGGAAUACUUGA